AUGGCGCCAUCGCCCAGGACCGGCAGCCGGCAAGAUGCGACCGCCCUGCCCAGCAUGUCCUCAACUUUUUGGGCGUUCAUGAUCCUGGCCAGCCUGCUCGUCGCCUACUGCAGUCAGCUGGCCGCCGGCACCUGUGAGAUUGUGACGCUGGACCGCGACAGCAGCCAGCCGCGGAGGACGAUCGCCCGGCAGACGGCCCGCUGUGCCUGCAGAAAGGGGCAGAUCGCGGGCACCACCCGAGCCCGGCCCGCCUGCGUGGACGCGCGGAUCAUCAGGACGAAGCAGUGGUGUGACAUGCUCCCGUGUCUGGAGGGGGAGGGCUGCGACUUGCUGAUCAACCGGUCAGGCUGGACGUGCACACAGCCCGGCGGGCGGAUAAAGACCACCACGGUCUCCUGACAAACACAGCCCCAGAGGGGCC